AUGGAGGAAAUAUGGAAGCGUUGUUGGCACUGGUUUUGGAAUUUCGCCAAUGUGAUAUUCGCAAUUCUCAUUCUGGCCGGGUCUCGAGACUCAACCUCGAGCGCCUUCAGUCUAUCUAAUCCUUAUCAGAGGAUGAUUGAGAUGUUUGUCGGGGAUGAUUGCGCUAGCCUUGCCACGGAGAUUAUCCCUGACAAAUAUCGCAUCAGUCUGACGAGCUCCUGCCGAGUUUUCGGCGAUGAGGUCACCUGCCGCUCCCACUUCCCGCCAGCCCUAGACUGGGCUCGCCUGUUGGAAGCCGACGUCGUAGCAUCAGCAGACAACGAGACCAUCGCCAUCUGCACAGCGCCUUUUGCGACCGUGGAUGGCCACUUUCCGACGACCAAUGCAAUGGCCGCGGCUAUCUUUGCGUUCCUCAUAAUAUCCAUCAUCAUAAGCGUCAUGGUCUUCGUUACUCCAAUCAUAUCCGGAAAGGCCUUCGGACGCCAUGUGAUGCUAGUGACAGGAUUCGACGUAGUGCUUCUGGUGGCGUGCAUCGUGCUGUACGUGACCAUCGCGCAAUACGCAAUAGCGCCGUACACCCACACCGAUAUCGCGGCUGCUACAGGCGAAAGAGUGAAUACCCUGGCAAUCCUAGGCAUUGGCUUCUGGCUUCUCAUUGCCGCACUCGUCGCGCGGGUAAUUGGAAAUCCUGUUCUCAUCCGGUCCCUCAUAACACUCUUCUUUCAUCGGUGCAGUGGAGGCAGUGCAGGACCUAAACGCGGAUUCGUAGAGGACUGGAGAAGCCCCGCAGCAAGGGAGGACAAUACCGCUCGUAUGAUGCAGGAAGCUGAUGAGAGAAGGGCUAGGGAGGUACAGAGACGAGCGGAAGAGGCGCAAAGGCUGGAGGAUGCUGCAAACCAAUAUUAUCGGAGGUAG